AAAAGGAUCCGUAUCUGAAAUGCCAGCUGUGAAUACUUUUGCCAAAUUUGCUACAUUGUCUAUUUUUAUAAAUUUUAUUCUUCAAAUAUCUGUUUUUGUGAGCCUAUUAUCUUUGGAUGCUAGACGUCAAGAGAAGAAUCAUUUAGACUGUUUUUGCUGCAUUUCUUUAAAAAAACAUCCAGAAAAAAGUUCUAAUGUCGGCUUAGUAAACUUAUUUUUUGAGAGAAUUUACACGCCAGUCAUAAUGGUUAAGCCAAUACGUAUUUUUAUUCUCGUUAUUUUUAUUGUUGGUUUGACUACGAGUGCAAUUAUUAUUCCUAAUAUUGAAAUCGGACUUGAUCAACAACUCUCUAUGCCAGUUGAUUCAUAUGUUUAUAAAUACUUUCAGUAUAUGCAAGAUUUAUUGUCAAUGGGACCACCAAUGUAUUUUGUAGUUACGAAAGGGUUAAAUUAUAGUAACUAUGAUGUACAAAAUGCAAUUAGCGGUGCCUCAGGUUGCAACGAUGAUUCUCUUUACAUGCAAAUAUUCUCAGCAGCAAAUCGAUCCAAUGAAACUUACAUAUCCAAACCUGCAUCUUCGUGGCUUGAUGAUUAUUAUGAUUGGUCCACUAUCCACGGUUGUUGCAAGUACUUUUUAAAUAAUAAUUCAUUUUGUCCUCAUAAUGAAGAAUCGGAUAUGUGCGAAUCGUGCAAUAUUCUACACGAUGAGAAAUAUAACUUACGUCCAGAUUCUAAUAGCUUCAGGAAAUAUUUGACAUACUUUAUAACAGACGUACCAGAUGAAAAUUGUGCUAAAGCAGGACGUGCAUCUUAUUUAGAUGGUAUUAAUUAUUAUUACGAUAACUAUGGAAUGGCAGAUGUUGGAGAUUCAUAUUUUAUGACAUAUCAUACACCAUUAAAAAAAUCAUCUGACUGGUACGAAGCCUUGCGAAGUGCAAGACUAAUUGCGUCAAGUAUCACGAAUAUGAUAAACAAUGCGAAUUUGACAAGUAAUAAAAUUACAGUAUUUCCGUAUAGCAUCUUUUACGUAUUUUACGAGCAGUAUUUAACAAUCACAUUAAACACUAUAGUAUCCUUGGCUUUUUCCCUUAUGGCUAUUUUUAUUGUGACAUUCUUGCUAACUGGUUAUUCAAUUUUUUCUGCCAUAAUUGUAUUGAUAACAGUUACUAUGAUUGUUGUUAAUUUAGGUGGUUUAAUGGUAUGGUGGAAUAUUUCAUUAAAUGGAGUUACAUUAGUAAAUUUGGUUAUGGCUACCGGAAUUGCAGUAGAGUUUUGUAGUCACAUAGUACAUGCUUAUUUAAUAUCAAAUAAAAAUACUAGAGAAGAGAAAGCUACAGAAUCCUUAUUACGAAUUGGAAGUUCGAUUUUUUCCGGUAUAACGCUGACAAAGUUUGUUGGAAUUGCUGUACUUGGUUUUGCAAAAACUCGAAUAUUUACUGUUUUAUAUUUUAGAAUGUAUUUAGGAAUAGUUUUAUUUGGUGCAGCUCAUGGACUUAUUUUUUUACCUGUUCUAUUAAGUUUUGUUGGUAAGUGCAACUUAAAUAUCUUAGAAAUAAUGAAUUAUAUUGUCAAUUUAUUUUCCUAAUUUUAUUGUAGGACCUAUAGAUCAAAUGAAAAACUGAAUAAUUAUUUAAUAUUUAAUUGUUAUUGAUUUGCUUGUAAAUAAAGAAAAAUUAAAAUAUGAUUCACAACAUUUAUUUAUUUAUGAUUACAGUUUACAUCUAUUUUAAGUCUUAAAAGCCAUUUCUAUGUAACUUUAGAAAAUAAAUUGCAAAUGUUAACAAGAUAUUGAGAAACAUUUUUCAUUUCAAAUCAGUUUAAGAAAAGUAUGAGGCAUAAAAGAAACUAAGAAAACAAUUAUUUAGGAUAUUAUUACUUUCACUUUACUAAUAGUGAUGAAUAGUUGAACUUAAGUUAUUCUAGAUAACAAUUAGAGCAGAUAGUUUAGUAGGUAUUGUAUCUGAAUUAGUUCUAUCCUUUAGUUUUCUAUCCAUUAGUUGUUUAUCAGCAAUUAUGAAAUAAUUAUUCAAUAUCAGUUUAUAUCCAUUACAGGAAAAUGCAUUGUUUCUUUCAAGUUUCCAGAAAAAUAUUACUAUUCAAAUGU